AUGGGGUGCCUGCCGGUGUCGGAGCUGAGUUUAGAACUGAGGCCGCCGUCUACGCCGCGGGCCACCGUGGCGCCGUUCCUGAGCGCCGCCGCGGCGGCAGCUGGCGGCGGCGGAGGGCCAGGAAACGGGAAGGCGACGGAGCUGGAUGAGUACCUCCGCGAGCUCGAGGAGGAGCGCCGGAAGAUCGAGGUUUUCCGGCGGGAGCUCCCUCUCUACGUCAUCAUCCUCAACGACGGUUGGUCUUCUGUUCACCGGUCGAUGACCCCUGAUUUUCCUUCAUUUGUUUGUGGGUUUCUCUCAAAACAGCGGCGUGAUUCUGGCAGUGAUCGGAGAUCUGAAGGAGGAGCUGGCCCAGCGGAAAUCGAGGAAGAAGCAGGAAGACGAUGGGAGGAUGAACUGGAUGAGCUCCACCCAGCUAUGGUGCGAUAAUUCUUCCACCACCACCGCCAGCACCGCCCUCCACAGCGGCGUGAGAGCUCUUUCCCCGCACUCCACGACAGACACACCGCCGCCGCAACCCUUCCUCCUUCCCCUCGCCGCCUCCUCGGCGGCGGAAAAGCUGGCACCUCCUAGGAGCAGCUCGGGGUUGAAGCCCAGGAGAUACUGGUCGCCGGAGCUCCACCAGCGGUUCGUCGACGCCGUGGAGCAUCUCGGGGGAUGGAAAGGUGGGUUACCCGCUAGAUCCACCACUGUCUCCUUCCCCCUCCGAGGAAGCUCUCGUCUGAUUCCCUGCUUUGAGUUUUCUCCUCUUCCACAGUGGCGACGCCCAAGAAAGUCAAGCAGCUUAUGAAGGUGGAAGGCCUCACCAACGACGAGAUCAAGAGCCACCUGCAGGUUUGUUCAGCUUUCCGGGCCAUCAGGCCAUGCAAUCCCUUCUCGGAGCUUAACCCAAUUACCGUGACUCUCUACCUUCAGAAAUUCCGCCUCCACGCCCAGAGAUCGGCGGCGGCGCCAUCUUCGGCGAACCCGGCCGCCACCGCAGGCAGAAGCUCAUGGAAAGAGCGCGAACGGGGGAACUGGAGCUGA